AUGACGACAUCACCAGGUCGAGACAACGGCGACACCGCGGUUGAUCCCAGGUCAACGAAGGAGGUGGUUAGUACCACGACGCCGACGAUGGAAUUGAUCGGAGAGGAAGCAAGGUCAAUUGACCCCAAAGUUGAGAGGCGAGUCUUGAGGAAGAUCGACCUCUUUCUUAUGCCGGCUAUGGUCAUCGGAUAUGGUUUGGUCUACUACGACAAGGCUAUUCUGGGGAGCGCGGCGCUGUUCGGCAUGACCGCUGACCUCCAUCUCUCCGUGACGGAUGCGUCAGUCAGCCCGCCCAAGGUAGACACCACGAGGCUCAGCUGGGCAACAUCAAUUUUCUACUUUGGCCAGCUGGUCGGCUCCUAUCCCAUGACAUACAUCCUGCAGCACUUCAAUACUCGGUAUAUCCUCGGUCCUGCCGUUAUGCUCUGGGCCGUAAUAUGUGCCGCCACUGCUGGGGUGACGACUUGGCAAGGUCUUCUGGUGCAGCGAUUCUUUCUUGGAUUCACCGAGUCGAUCGUUCCUACAGCCUUCAUGAUCACCGUCAGUGGGUAUUACACUCAGUCCGAACAGGCUCUGCGACAAAGUUGGUGGUUCUCCGGUACAGGUUGGUUCACCCUUAUUGGCGGUGGCCUAAAUUACGGAUUUGCACAAAUCGAUGGUUCUCUCAAGCCUUGGCAGUAUCUUUACGUCUUCGCUGGUGCGCUUACGUUCUUGUUUGGACUGUGGUGUUUUGCACUGCCAAACUCUCCUCUGGACGCGUGGUUCUUGACCUCUGAAGAACGCCUUGUUGCCGUCGAGAGGCUGAGGGCAGGUCAGACGGGUGUGAGGAACCAGGCCAUCAAGGGCGCGCAAAUCAAGGAGGCGUUGUUGGAUGUGAAGGUCUGGUUGGUUGUGGUGAUGAUGGCUGCAGCAUACACGGUGAAUGGGGCCGUUUCUGGCUUUGGGCCGCUCAUCGUAUCGACAUUCGGCUACUCUGCCCUUGAGAGCAUACUGUUUCAGUUCCCGCUCGGUGCCAUCAGCGCAGUCGGUAUUACUCUAACAGGCUGGAUAUGCUCCCACCGCAACAUUCGAAUCCCGCUUCUGAUCUUUUGCUGUCUCCCCGUUAUCGCAGGCUUUGCCAUUAUCUGGAAGUCCGAAUGGGGAUACCGUCCAGCUGCCCCGGUGGUUGGAUAUUCGAUCAUCGGGUUCUUUGGACCGGUCGUCAGUUUGACUAUUGCACUCGCGGCAGGAAAUGUGGCGGGUGAGACGAAAAAGAGCUUUACAGCAUCCGGCGUCUUUGUCGCAUACUGUGUCGGAAACAUCAUCGGGCCUCAGAUGGUGAAGAGUCAGACCAAAAGUCAACACUACCCUGAGCUAUGGACAGGCUUGAUCAUUUGUUAUUGCAUUACUAUCGUAGCUGCCUCUGCACUGUAUUUCGUUCUGCACCAAGAGAAUAAGAAGCGGGAUGCGUUAAGCUUGGACGAAAGUGAGCGAGACAGAACCGCUUUCAAAGAUCUGACCGACAAAGAAAACCUCGAUAGAAACAUAUACAACUACACCAUGGCAAAACCGAAACGCCGUGUGGCUGUGAUUGGAGCUGGUCCAGCAGGCGCAAUUGCCACCGACGCUCUUGUCAAAGAACAGGCGUUUGAUUUGAUACGUGUAUUCGAACGGCGCAAUGCUGUAGGAGGAACCUGGAUCCACGACUCCAAACUGCAGCCGGGCAUACCAUCGCUCAGAGCUUUGGUGGAACAGAAGACCGUUAUACCUUUGCAGAUACCAUCCACCUGUCCCUGUCAAACUCCCCGUGAUGAGUCAGCCAACUCCCACCAGUCCCGGUAUUGGGACUCGGGGGCUCAUGAGCACCUCCACAGCAACUUGCCCCCUGGAAUUAUGUGUUUCUCCCAAGAGCCUAUACCGGAAAUAGUCUCGGAGCGGUCUUUGGCGCAGUAUGGCCCAGACUCACCUUUUCGCCAUCGUGAGGUGAUGAGGGAGUGGGUCGAGGGUGUGUUCGUACGGGGAAAAUCCAUUGACCUCGUUCAAUUCAAUACCACUGUCGAGCUGGCCGAGUAUGACCAGAAGAGCGCAGAGUGGAACCUGACUCUGCGAAGAGAGCAGCCGGGCAAGGAGACCGACUACUGGUGGCAAGAGCAAUUCGAUGCCCUGGUUGUUGCAUCUGGCCAUUUCUACCUGCCGUACAUACCAGAUAUUCCAGGCUUGCUGGAAUAUGAUGAGAAGUUUCCCGGCAGGAUAGCACAUAGCAAGCACUACCGGAAUGUAGAAGACUAUAGAGAUAAGAGAGUUGUUGUGAUAGGGGGCUCAAUAUCGGCCUUUGAUGCGCUGCACGACAUCCGGCUUGUUUCCAAGCUGCCAGUUAUCUCGUCUUUGCGGAAGCCCAACGCUGUGUUCACGGAAGCAGCUUUUAAACACCCCGAUAUUGUGGUUAAGCCAGAAAUCGAGUCCUUCGAUCCAGAUUCCGGGCGUAUCACGUUCUCAGAUGGGUCAUCGGUUGAUGAUGUGGAACAGGUGCUAUUCGCUACCGGUUAUGACUUUAGCGUGCCUUUCCUGCCAGACCUGAAGGGCGUGAACAAGAGGAUACCGGGGCUGUAUCAGCAUGUUUUCAAGAUCGACAAUCCUAGCCUGGCCUUCAUCGGAAUGGUCACUGGCGGCUUCGGCAUUCGCAUUUACGAAUGGCAGGCCGUAGCAGCCGCACGCAUUCUGGCUGGCCACGCGAAGCUUCCCCCACGAUACGAGAUGGAAAAAUGGGAACAAGACCGACUGGCACUGAAGGGGGAGGGGGGCCCAUUCUGGACUCUAAUGCCAGAUUUUGAAGUGCAUUUUGAGGCCUACAGGGCUCUUGCAGGAGAGCCAGCUGAAGGCACAUCAGGCAGAAUAUUGCCAAAGUACGAUUCCGCUUGGGAAGAAGAGUUUUGGGAAUUCGUCAGGAAGAGGAUCAAGUGGUGGCAAGAUGCUGCUGAAAGGGAUCUGACGAAUCGUCAAAGUCGUGCUGAAUUAUAA